AUGAAGGUCUUGAGCCCAACAGACAAGGUUGUGCACCAAAGCUGCAAUGGGCUCCUGGAAGAAAACUCAUCGUCCAUCCACGUCACUUUUGCGCACAAGAUCAUCCAUACUCGUCCACAGUGUCUCAGUAUUCAAGUAACUUCAGAUUCGGCUAACAUGGCCGAAGCAGUGGCAACGCUAAGCUUGGCUUCGUCCAUACUACAGGUCAUUGACUUCGGAACAAAGGUCGCAACAACCGCCUUCAAGGCUGUUAGAGCAUCGAAGCUUGGCCGCGAAGAUGCCAACGAGGUAUCGCAGCUACAGGUUGUCUAUCAAAGCCUGUCUUCUACGUUGAAAACCAUCCAGGAGCAGUAUGCGGUCAAUAAAUCGGACAGCCAGGACGAUGGGGGCAUGGGGGAACUUGCGAAAGGAUGCACAGAGCUCGCGAAGGAGCUUGUGCAGACUCUCCACAAGAUUGGUCUUGCGGACGCCAAGACGAAACGUCGCGCUCUGUGGGCCGCCUUGAAACUGGCCUGGAAAAAAGAGGAGAUCGUUUCGCUCCAGGGCAGGCUGGGCGAGUUCAGAUCGCAACUGACAUUGUGCCUGUUAUUAUCUGUCCGCCACUAUGCCAGUCAGUCCUUGUCCAGACAGGAAGAUAUACGCCAUAGCCUGGGCAGCCCCAAGGAAAGCCGUAUGGGGUUGUCGGUGGUAGAGUAUGUCACAUCUGGGCUAAGCGAAUCAUCGCGGGCAGCACAGAUGGAUUCCCUUCGCAGUGAUCUUUUGCAGGCAAUACAAGGCCACGCAUCCCUGUCGCCCCAAAAUUCUCACUCAGAACUUGAGGUGACUGAGGAUACGUACAACAAGGCCAUCGCGCUGCUCCUCCACAGCCUCGAGUAUCGAGGGAUGAAGGAUCGUGAGGACAGAAUUUCGGAUGCUCACGAAAAGACCUUCAAGUGGGUGUUUGAUGAUACCAGCAACGAGAGAUGGUUCAGCUUCAAAGACUGGCUCCAAUCUGACGAGAGGCUUUAUUGGGUCACUGGCAAAGCGGGAUCGGGUCAAAGCACGCUGAUGAGAUACGUAAGUGGUCCGGGAUCUUCCACAGGUGGGAAGCAUGGCCACCCUCGAUGCCGCGAAUACCUGGACCAGUGGGCAGUUUCAAGGAAGCUCAUCAUUGCAUCUUUCUACUUCUGGAACUCCGGACUCCAGGUGCAGACUACCCAGAAGGGUCUCUUGAUGACGCUUCUCCGGCAAAUCUUGGAGGAGUGCCCCGACCUCUUAUCUUUUGCAUCCCCUAGCAGGUGGGAGAGCCUCUGCCUGUUCGGCCAAAUCCCAGACUGGCAGGACUCUGAGCUGCAAAGCAUUUUUCACCUCUGUAUCCGAAAUCUGAAGCGCUGCAAUGCUGCAGCGGCUCUCUUUGUCGACGGGUUGGACGAGUUCGAAGGCGACCCAGAAGAUCUUCUGUCCACUUUCAAAGGCAUCGAUGACUUUUCAGAUUACAAGCUGUGUGUCGCAAGUCGACCUUGGGUCGAGUUCCAAGACAGAUUCUAUCAGAAGCCAUCUCUGAUGCUUGAGCACUUGACAUAUAAUGAUAUCAAGGACUUCAUCGUCGCGAGAUUCGACAGCGAUGCAAGGUUCGCUCAACUUCGACGGAGGGAGAGGCAAUUUGCCGAUCAGCUAGUAGAGGAUAUCGUCUCCAAGGCAUCUGGAGUGUUCCUCUGGGUAUCGCUUGUUGUAUCUUCGCUCCUCUCAGGAAUGGGGAAUGGUGAUCGUGUGGCAGAUUUUCAGCGAAGGUUGAAUCUGCUUCCUCCUGAUCUCACCGACCUCUAUGAAAAGAUACUCCAGAGCCUCGAUCCAUUCUAUCUAGAGCAUGCUGCGCAACUGUUCUCUCUGGUUGGCGCCAGUGGUGAGCCGAUGAGCCUCCUUCUGGCAUCCUUUGUUGACGAGGAAAACCCAAUCUUUGCGGUGGGCAUGGCUGUCACACCACUUUCUGCCGAAGAGAUUGGCAUUCGGAUAGAUACGGUCCGUCGUCGCAUUAACAGCCGAUCUAAGGGAUUGUUGGAGGUCAAAGGAGGGGUUUCAACACCCCAGGGCUUCAGCUACGAUGCUUCGAGUCAUGAGAAUACCACGGUUCAAUUUCUUCACCGGACGGUUAAGGAAUAUAUUGAAAGCCCCGGCGUUCGUCAGACCUUGAAAUCAGCCUUAAAUGCACCAUUCGACCCACAUCUAAAGCUACUAGCGGGUCAUUUGGCUUACAUCAAAGGGAUGGAUUUGGAAGCCGUUUCACUGCAGAACUUGUGGAACCAACAUGCGGUCAAAUGUCUCGCACAUGCCCGCGCCGUCCAGCAGGGGAGUAUUUACUCUAUGAUACGUCUGCUUGACCAGCUUGAUAAUAUCUCUGAUUUAUUUCUUCAAAGCGCGCAUCUUCACCGACCCUUUUCGCUCAUCCCCCACCAAGAGAUGGUCGACUUCUUUGGCUACUCAUUUUUAUCCUUGGCGACAGCUUGCAAUGUGGUCGAGUACGUUCGAGCCAAAGCAGUCGCCCCAUGCAUAUGCUGGAAUAAAUAUCACACAGACUGGCCACUGCUCAUGAAUGUUGUCGCCCUUUAUAACAACGAUCCCUGCCCAGCAACACUCGUGGGCUCCGCUCCGGACACAUCAGAUGGCCAUCAGGCGAUGAUCAAAAUGCUUCUUAACAAGGGCGCGGAUCCUAAUUUUGCAGUAGAAGCUUUUCAUGACACGGAUCUCUGGUUGUCCCCUUUGGGGUUUGCGACGGUGCGAUACAUGACCACCAAUAAACAACCCCAUCUCGAAGCGCUUCGUUUAUUGGCAAACGGCUGCAAGUUUGAUACUGUGACCCUUGAUCGCAUCAUGGAGUUAUACAUAUACGUGAAAGGCUAUGUUCCAGUCAACAGAAAAGAAUUGAGCUUCACCUUUUGGUACUGGCAUCGUAUAAGGAGGCGCCUUCGUAAGGCCUUCAUUUGCCUUAAUGGCGGCGGAUCACCCGAUUUUGGUGCAGUUUGGGAGCAGCUAUGUAUACUUACUCUGCGCAAAGAAAAGCAGCAGUGGAAGAAGGUACUGAUAUAA